UCAUUCAACGCACUUGGUUUACCAGAGGCAGCAUCUCAUUAGGUGACCUAACGACUUUCAUGUUUCAUACUUACAUUUGGAAAGUCUAAAAGUAUCCGUGCGCGCGUGUGUUUGUAUGCCUGCAUGCGCGUGCACCUUUCGCCUCCUCUCUUGAGAUCGAGUUGGGAUUUGAUAGUUGGAGCUGCCAGGGAACACAAUGUGUUUUGACGCUGAAACAUCAUUGUGACUGUUUGUGUUUUUAAAAGACGAAGGAAAGUGAAUAAAGACGACUGGAGCGCCCCUAACCCCCUGAGCUGCGCCCGGUGUGAUGGAUGGAGAGGAGCUUCUGCAGGGUGGGGACACGGAGGCCUCGUGGUCCCUGCUGUCCUGGAUGGCGUCCUUACUCAUGGUGUUCGGGGGGGCCCUGCCCUACGUGCCCCAGUACCAGGACAUCCAGAGGAGCAACCACAGCGAAGGCUUCUCCACCAGAGUCUGCCUCGUGCUGCUCAUCGCCAACAUCCUGCGCAUCUUCUUCUGGAUAGGGAAGCAGUUUGAGCUCACCCUGCUGCUCCAGAGUGUGGUGAUGAUCCUCACCAUGUUUGCCAUGCUCCACCUCUGCUGCACCGUCCAAAACACCAACCGAGUGAGCACCAAGCAACACCGACUCUCAGACUUGGACGUGCGCUACUUCUGGAAGUGGAGCAUGUUCGAGGACUACCUGCUCUUCUGCUUCGGCUUCACCGUGCUGUGUGCGGUCGUCACCCUGCUGCUGCUGGACUCCGCCAUGUUCGUGGAGACGCUGGGCUCCCUGGCCGUCAUGUUCGAGGCCAUGCUGGGCUUCCCACAGCUGCUGCAAAACUUCCACAACUGCUCCACCAAAGGCAUGAGUGUGAAGAUGGUGAUGCUGUGGACGGCCGGCGACGUCUUCAAGACCCUCUACUUCGUGAUGAACGAGAGCCCGGCUCAGUUCUGGGUGUGCAGUUCGGUCCAGAUCCUGAUCGACGUGGCCAUCCUGCUGCAGGUCAUUUUUUACAGCCAAGACACACGGGUCAAACUUGGCUGAGCACGACGGCGACUCAAGGCAGCGGAGAAACCAGGGCACGUGUUUACAUUUUUAAAAUGUUGAUAUUUGAUGUCUUUUUAAUAAAACAAUAGGUGCCACGUCGAUGGAAUUAUCAUGCUGGAUAUUUAGCAUCAAGAAGUCAAUAUAGAUUAUUUUUUGUUUUCUAUAAUGAUUUUCCUUGAAUCAGUGUACUUUAUCAAAAGGGAAUCAUGUAGACCCAAUUUACCUUCAACUGCAAUUAGGUAAACCAGUUUAACCUUGAUCAAACUACUUUUAGCCAAGCACAAUGAACCACACCUUUGCCUUUACAUUUUUAAGAUAAUGCAGUAUUGUUGUGCAUUUGUUUGCACUUGUUAUACUAUUUAUUUGUUCUCUGUUGAACAUGUUCUAUAUCCUCAAGUGUAAUGGACAUGGAAACUGUGAGAGUGAAACAUUAUUCACACAGGCAGCUCUGUUCUGCUGUACUGGCAGCUGUAGCAGCCAGUCCUGCACUGGUAACCCUGCACUGGGUUCCACUUCCUGACUGAUGAGCCUCCCUCUUUACACUCGACACCUCGAUGGACUGUUGUCAUGAUGCAUAGUCUGUCAGGGUGUGACAUGCUUGCUGGUGUGUUCAUGCAGCCCAAAUUGAUUUAUUCCGUUGGCCAAACCAAGGCUGCAGAAUGUACACAAAAUAAUGUUAACUAAGCAAGACAUCAAUCUGGUGCUUUGUGGUUUAAUUGACAAGCAAUGCAGCUGUUUCUCCAAAGUAUGGGAAGAAAAAUGAACUACAGAAAUGCUGCCAUACAAAUGUUGCUGUAAUGCUUUGAUUCGUAACUCAGAAACUACAUAUUUUGUAGAUACCAAAGAACUCAUACCUCAGAUCCAAAUAUUUAAGGUAAAGUAACCAUAUUUGUGGCAUUGUAAUAUCUAACAUGUCAUCGCCCUAAUGUUUUUAGUGUCCCAUCAUCUGCUGAUUCUUUCGCUCUUUAAAAAUACUCUUAUUCUUUGAGACUCUGAAACUGUGAAAAGAUGACUCAUGAUGACAACUCCUAUUCCCUACUGUCAUAAUUUGUUUUGUACUACAAGAAAGAUACCUGUAGGGACUUUAUGAAAAUGAUUAGGUCAGGGAGGAGGUGCUACAUCUUGUGUUUGACUUUCAAAAAACACAAGAACCUCCUAGGAAGUAAAACUGGAAAUUGCCAAAUGUAUAAAUCAACUAUCUUUUUUUUAAGGGCUGGUAAUGACUAACUUGUUACUGUUGCCAGUGUGCCAAUGAGCGACCUUGGCAGAGCUGCAAACUCUGUAGUACUCAACCAAGACUUAAAACAAUUAAGGAAAAUACAUUAAAUGCCAUUGUAACUUA